CUCGCUUAAGGUGUUACCCUUCUGGCUUGGCAAGUGCAAUCUUCAUUCAAUUUUUGGGCACCCCAUCCUAGGAGGUGCUGGUGUCCAGGGCAUUUCUGCGGCAUGGUCUUCGAUUUGAUGUGCCUGUCUCAAAGGGGAAAGUUGGCCAGUACAAGGAGUACCCCUUCAUAGCUGUAGCUUCCUGGAUACAGACUUUGGACAAGGCUGGGAAGCUGGAUCGCUUUUUGGGUAUGGGACCUGAAGUUAGAAGAUUGGCGGAUGCUGGCCCAUCUCUCUUGGAGUUCUGGAAACGAUAUAAACGCCUGUAUCCAAAUCACGAGGUCUUUAAACUUGUCGCAGAAAACGCUUUGAAAUUGGAAGAGUGCGUCCCCUGCUACAUGCAUGGGGAUGAGGGCACCACUUACAAAAAGGAUGGGUGCCUAUGUUUGAGCUUUCACUGUGCAAUGGGCCGUGGGACUAUUAGCAACAAGAUGGGCCCUAUCACACAUGAAGUUUUGGAUGACCCACAUCUGAACUUUGUCGGGCAUGCAUUUGAAACGCGAUUUCUCCUGAGCGCUAUGCUUCGAGAGGAUUACCGUGAUGAUCACAGUGUGAUGUCCGACUUGCUGGAGGUCGGAGAACCCAAACUUCUACGCAACUAUGCACGCUGA